UGUAACCUCCUUUGAAACCAUUUCUCCCACAUACGACAUAAGGAGCAUUACCUCUUUUCAGAAGGGAAGGAUUUUUAAUGAACGAAAAAAUAUUAAUUUGGUCAGUCUUCUUCUUUGAUAUGAAGAAUCUAUGAAACAAUGUUUGGAACAUACUUCAAUCUUUUGAUAAAUUCUUCAGUUGAUUCAACAAGAAGAAAUGUAUAGAUAUUUCAACAGAAUCAAGCGAAAAAGCAUUAAGUAGAAAUGAGUGCAGGAAAGAACCACCUGAAAGAUGGGCUUAUUGAUUUAACUGCCGGAUCAUUAGGGGGAAUUGCAGUGGUAUAUGUAGGACAACCAUUAGAUACUGUGAAAGUAAAAAUGCAAACUUUUCCUUCUCAAAACGGUAGUAUGAUAAAAUGUAUGAAAAAUACAAUUAUGUCAGAAGGUAUACUAAAGGGAUUGUAUGCUGGGACAGUACCAGCUCUAGUAUGUAAUAUAGCCGAAAACUCUAUUUUAUUUUUGUCUUAUGGAGUUUGCCAAAAAAUCAUCCAAAAAAUACACAAUGAUGGAGAAUUGAAACACCUUUCAGCUUUAAAUAAUGCUUGUGCAGGAUCUCUAGCUUCAUUUGUAGCAUCUCUUGCAAUAUGUCCAACAGAAUUAAUAAAAUGUAAACUUCAAGCUCUAUAUGAAACUAAAACCGGAAAAACUACAUCUCAGAUUGGACCUAUAAACUUAUUCAAAAAUAUUCUAAGGCAGGAAGGAGUUAAGGGUCUAUAUAGGGGAUUCAUUCCAACUGUUGCUAGAGAAAUGCCUGGUUAUUUCUUUUUUUUUGGAGGAUAUGAAGGUACUAGGCAAUUACUAGCUUCAACAGGGCAAGAUAAAGAUGAAAUAGGACUAUGGAAAACUAUGGUAGCUGGUGGUGUUGGUGGAGCCCUCUUCUGGACCUCAACUUAUCCUAUUGAUGUAGCCAAGUCUCGAAUACAAGUAAAUGGUAGCAAGGAUAGCUUGAUUCGGUUGAUUGUGAAAAUUAUCAAGAGUGAAGGAUUAUCAGCUCUUUAUCAUGGGCUGACUCCUACAUUAGUGAGAACAAUUCCAGCAACUGCAGCAUUGUUUGUCACUUAUGAAUAUUCUAAGAAAGUUUUAUAUUAUAUGUUCUCUCAGAAUUGAGUCUCAUGAUGAUGAAGUUGAAACUAGUCAAUUACAUGUUAUUUCAACAAUAUUGUGAUCAUUAUUAAUUUGAAAAAAUUAAUUUUUAAUAAGUAA